AUGGCGACCCAACCCACAAAAUUUGACCAUCGCGGCGACGUCAAGCUUCGGAUCGGCCGGCAGGGGACGGAUUCGGCGCCCGCUGUAUUCACCGUCUGCUCGAGGUCCCUCGCGCGUGUAUCGCCAGUCUUCGAGCGUAUGUUAUAUGGGGGAUUUGCCGAGGCGCGGUCCAACCAGGCUAACGAUGCCGAGAACUGGAUCGUAGAUCUACCCGAAGACAAACCCGCACCGAUGGAAGUGCUGAUGAUCAUUACCCAUGGGCACUUCGACCAGGUGCCCAAGUCCCUCUCCAUCAGAGAGCUAUACGACCUCACCGUCCUGACCCACUAUUACGACGCUACGCACAUGCUGGGGCCCUGGGCGAAGACGUGGAUGGCGACGAUAGAAAAACAGGAGCGGGAGUCCGUCGAGCUGAGGCUACAGAUGCUGUGGAUAUCGUGGGAACUCGGCUGGAAGCAGUCUUUUGCGGCCAUCUGCCGGCGGAUGCUGCUAGAGUCUGAAGCCGACGCGUUCGACGUCGAUAAUAAUCAAUCAAUGGCUAUCCAGUUCCCCCCGGAUAUCAUCGAACGGAUAUCUGCACUUCGCAUCAAGACGAUACAGGCUUUACUAGACACGUUCAGCGAGAUGGUUUCGAACCUUACCGUCGUCGACGAGAAGCCGAGAUGGUGCCACCACGCCACCUGGAUGGGUCCUCACAAAUGCGAAUCGAUGAUUCUGGGCUCUCUGACCUUCUGCCUCAUGAGGGCCGGCCUCUGGCCCGUGCCGGACGCGGCCGAGGUCGGGGAGAGCGUCAUGGCCGUCUAUUCGAAGACGACCAACAUCAUCAUCCACGACAUUGGCACCGCCGAUAACUCGCACGUCGACCAUAACGAGUGCAAUCCGGGCCCGUUCCUGCUAGAGCGGGUCCAAAACAUCAUGGGUCAGAUACCCAGCCCGGUGACGGACUCACACCUCCAAUACAUGACGGAUCAAGCCCGCAAGCUUAAUUCUUGA